CUUCAGGCCGGUCGCAUGUGAGCAGCGGAGGGAAGCUGCGACUUUCAGCUGCACUUUAGGCUUAUUUUCUUAAAUUGUGGAGAUUCUGGAUUCAUGCAACUGCUGCGGCUUCAAGAUUAACGGUCGACGGUGUAGAAUAUGUGACUUUGUCCUCCCCGUUGGACUCGAACCAGGACAGUCAGCAGAAACCGGAUCUGUUCGUUGGUCGGCUGCUGCAGGACCAGAACGUGGGAUGUCCCUGCUGGAAGACGUGGUGUACGUUCUGAGGAUGGUGCUGGACUACUUCGGAGUGCCGCCGGACCUGCUGGUUCCGGUGUGGGACACUCAGCUGUGUGGUCAGUAUCGCAGCAUCGUCCGGAUGAUCGGGACGAACCUUCCUCUGACUCCAGCUCCACGAGUUCACUUCCAGGUCCCUCUGAUCACCUACAGACCUCACGGAUACGUCGACGUCACCGUGGAAACGCCCGCCAUCCCAUCAUUCGCUGACAUCAUGUGGGUGUUCGAGGACGAAGGCGACAGUUUCGCCAAAACCAGGAAUCAUCUGCCUCCAGAGAAGCUCGGUGCUGCGUCCAGAGAUCUUCUCAGACGUCCGGCGGUGGCACCCAGAGUCCAGAGAGGAGGUCCUCUGAGGCCAGCAGCUGAUCCAGACGCCCUGAAGAAGAUCUCUGCUCUGGAGAACGAGCUCAUCAAACUGAGAGCUCAGAUCGCCAUGAUCGUCACUGCAGCUCCAGAGCCUCAAGGUUCUCCUCCAACUCCUCCGGUCCCGACUCUGACCUCCACCCCUCGCUGUGCUCCUCCUCCUCCUCCACCUCCUCCUCCUCCUCCUCCAGGUUCUGACUCCUCCUCUGUAGCUAAACUAAUCCAGCAGCGCAGGAAGAAGGACUGUGAUCAGACUGAGGUCAGGCAGCAGAACAAACCGAUUCCUUCCAUGCUGGACGUCCUGAAGGACCUGAACCAGGUGAAGCUUCGCUCCGUGGAGAGGUCUCCAGGAGGAACUCCGGUCCGGAGGCGUGGCAGUAAAGGAGGUCCGGUUUUGCUCAGCGAUCCGGCCGCUCUGAUCGCUGAAGCUCUGAAGAGGAAGUUUGCUCAGAACCGACUCAACAACUCAUCUGACAAAGAGAACUCGGUGGAGCUGUCUCCGUUCGGCAGCCCAGAAACCCCCAAGGUUCAUCUCAGACGGAGUCGAGGACGACGCCUCUGAAACCUUCAACAAUGUCUUCAACAUCUUCAAGAACGUCUUCAGCAUCUUCAAGAACGUCUUCAGUAUCAUUGACAUCUUCAACAUCUCCACUGAUGUGCCUCAAAGGAAACUAUUGCAGCUACUGAUCCACAUUUCACAGUUUUUUUUUAAAUGUCUUAUUUUGUCCAUUUAAAAUCAACCAAAUCUGAAAAACCUCCUCAGAACAUCUGGUUCUUCAUCUACAGCAUUUUCCAUCAUUUCUGAGCCUCAGAACUUCAUCAGUCCAGCAGAUAGAACCAUGACAUUUAACACGGGACAGUUUGUGAGUCAUGGUGCCCAGCUCUGUGUUUUUGGAUAAACUUUAGUCCACAUUCACUCAAACUGUACAAAAUGACCAAAGGAUCGACCAACCUGCUUGAUUUAAAAUUUGUCCAAAAGGACCUAAACAUGGUUAAAAGUGAUUCUAGUGUCAAGAAUAAUUCAAGAUUUGUUCAGAAUGACAUGACAUUUGUUCAGUGACACAAAAAAAUUCCAAAAUUACACAAACAUUUGUCUAAAAUGACAAAAACUUCAACUUACUUCCUCAAGAAAUGUUUAGAAUGACCUGGAAGUUGUCCAGAAUCACUAAAAUAACUGUCCUCAGUCGCUAUAAAUUUUGCAAAAACAAGAAAAAAUUUAAAGUGAUAUCUAUAGGUAUACAUAAUAAGCAUACCUUUAGGUAGGUCUACUCUUGAACUUUCUUCAAGAAGUGGGUAUACUCUUGCAUGACCCCUAUAGAAAGUUCUAGGUCUACUCUCGAACUUUCUACAGAGGACAUUCUCCUCUAUGGACUUAAAGGACCUGGAAGUCUCCCGUUCUAAGUGAGACUAAACUUAAAGACUGGAGCAUGAAAGGAGAACGCCCCCUGGAGAAAGUUCUAGAGUAGACCUACUAACAACUGUACAGUCCUCUAUGGACUUCAAGGACCUGGAACUCUGGAAAUAUUCCCACUAUGAAGGUAGAACUCUGAUCAUUGAUAAAGUUCCUGUCAAUGAAGAACCAGAUGUUUCUGGUUUGAGGUUGUUUCCUGGUUUGAUUUAUUUCUCUGUUCUGAGGAGUUUCUGGUGUUUUUUCUUUUCUUCAUGGACUGAGCCUUUUGUUAGUGUUUGUCAGUGAACGUUGUGCUUGUUUUUGUGUCUUUGUUGGGACCUUGAAUGUAUAAUUUGGUGAAAGCAGCAGCGUUGUGGUCCACGUUUGGUUUUCUACUGUAUCCGUGUGCAGAAAUCACGUCUUAAAGCAGAUCUGAAUGUAGCCUGGAGCUGUUCACCUCAGAGUACUGGCUUCAUUCAGCCAACAGCAGCUCUGUUCUAUGCAACUGUAUGUUCAGAUUUUAUUUUAUUAAAGAGAUUAGGUGCACUGA